GUAAAGGUAAAGAAAUUAGUGCAAUUCAAUCGACGCAAAUCGAAAGCUGGAAUAAGGCCAAUUAAAGAUAUUAAUUGAAUUAACGCAAACGAAAACGCAAACGCGGGAAUAAAAGUGCAAAAAUGUUUGGCUGCAUCUAUCAGCUGUGGGAUUGGUUGGAGGCGCCACCGCUCUUCACGGCCGGCACCAUGGACGCCAAGAAGUUGCAGCAGCUGCAGGAGGCGGCCAUACUGGCCCAGCAGCAGAAAAAGCUGCCGCUGGCGUACCAAACGAAUCUCAUGGACUACCGCACGGCCACACAUUCGCCGGCGGCGAUCUACCACCAAGCGCUGUAUCAGCAAUCUCCCACGGCCACCAGCUCCAGCGGCGGCGGGCCCCUCUCCCCCAUCGAGAUGCAGCCGCAGUCGAAGCACCACCAUCUGAUGAAGCACGGCCACGGGGGCACUUCGAGCAGCUCCCACAGCUCCCCCUAUCAUCAGUCAUACUCGAGCAGCGGCGGGACGGGCGAGCAGAUCUACCAGUCGCCCACGGAGCGCACCUACCUGGCGGCGGCGGGGCGGCUGCAGGCCAGCAAUGCGAUGGCCGGACACAAUCCGAUAUCGGCGCUGCAGGCCCAGUACCAGCAGCUGCAUCAGGCCAAGAUGCACGCCAAGUUGGCCACCCAGAACGAGGCGGCCCACCAGCAGCAGCGAACCUUUGCUAUGCGGCAGGCCAUCAAUCCACCGACAGGCCACUACCACAUGAGUCAGUCCCCCAGCAUGGUGUCCAACAUGACGACCAUUACUCAGCAGCAGCAGCAACAGCAGCAGCAAUUGUUGCAACAGCAGCAGCAGAGGGCUCCCCCCUCCACGCUGAAUCUGCAGAAUCAAUAUCAGCCGGCGCAGGGUCCGUUGAAGCUGCAACAGCAGCAGCAGCAACAGCAGCAGCAGCAGCAGCAGCAACCGCAGAUGCCGAAACACUACCAGGAGCAGCUUUAUGCUCACCAGCAACAGCUCCAGCUUCAGCAGCAACAACAACAGCAACAACAACAGCAACAACAGCAGCAGCAGCAACAUCGCCAUAAAGCAGAUCUCCAGACACCAGGCAGCGAGCACGGGACGGUCUACAUCCAGCAGAAUCAUCCCGGACACGUGGUUAACCAGGCCUGUCAGACCCAGAUAUCCACGGUGAAGCCCAAGGCGACGCCCAGCUCCGAAGAGUCCUCAUCCACAUCUACCAAGAGUCCCACUCACGCGCCACUCGAUCGCAAGAAGAGCGCGGGCUCCAUUCAGGCUCUCAAGUCGCCCAUCACCAAGCGGCCACCCACUUCGCCCGUCACUCUGUCUGGCUGGCUGCACAAGCAGGGCUCCGAUGGCCUGAAGGUGUGGCGCAAGCGGUGGUUCGUCCUGGCCGAGUACUGCAUGUACUACUACAAGGGGCCCGAGGAGGAGAAGCUGCUGGGGUCGGUGCUGUUGCCUUCGUAUCGUGUGUCCGCCUGUUUGCCGGAGGACAAGAUCUACCGCAAGUUUGCCUUCAAGUGCGAGCACCAGAACAUGAGAACCUACUGGCUGGCGGCGGAGAGUGCCGACGCCAUGAUGCAGUGGGUGCGAGCCCUGGCGGCGGCCAGUCUGAUGCAGGCUCCUAGCAGCGGUGAAUCGGAGCCGAGUGUCAGUUCCUCCCUCAACCACAGUGGGGAGAACUCGGACUCGGGCAUCCACACCCUGCAAUCGCAGCCCAGCAAGGGACAGCCGACGCCGUCCUCGGACAACGCCGGAAGCACUGGCGGCGGUGGCGCCCAGCCCCUGUACGCCAAUGCUCCGCCCAAGCCGCGUCGCACCAACGACGGCGGCUACUCCUCCCCAUCACCGGAGCACAACGAACAGCCGCAGCAGCAGCAGCAGUCAUCUAGUCGCCGCCUGAUGUCGCCCACGCAGCAGCUUUACCAGCAGCAGCAGCAGCACCAACAACAGCAGCAACAACAACGAUCUCAGCAGCAGCCACAGCAGCCGCAGCAGCAGCAGCAUCAUGCCAUCUACGACACGAGGACGGGCCACGUAUCGUCCGCCCUGCAGCUGCAGCAGGCCCAGCAGCAGUACAAUCUGGAUCAUCUGGAGGCUCAGUUCCAGCAGCAGCAGCUAGACAUGGAGGAGCAGAUUGUCCGACUGCAGCAGCAGCGGGCCGCCGAGGAGAUCUACGGCGAGCGGGAGAUAUACAUGGCGAAGCUGAUACAGCAGCAGCGUGCCGCAGGCGGCGGCGGCUAUCCCACCCAGCAGCAGCUCCUGCAGGCCGAGCGACGCACUCCGGAUGCCUACGGACGGUCCAAGCAACAGCGCCUCUUUGCUGCCGCAGCAGCUGCAGCAGACUACGAGGAUAUCUACAACAUGUCGCAACUGGGCGGCGGGGGCGGUGGAGCAGUGCCCAUGUCUGCCCAGGAGGCUCUACUGCAGGAGGCGGCCAGCUACCGACGGCCCCUUAGCCCGCCCAGCUACGAUGGCAGCAAGCAUUUGCCGGCCAUGCCCCAACGAUACACGCCCAACCACUUGGAGGCCAACGCUGAUCAGCUAAUCAAUACCAUGGACUUGCGUGCCCGCUCCGCAGCGGCCAUCGUGCGACCACACUCGGCUGACUUUCUGGAGUAUGAGGCGCGUGCCGAGGCCGCUGCAGCUGCGGCAGCCGCAGCGGUGGCCCAGAGCAAGCACGAAAGCGGACGUGCCCCGCGACCCAAGUCCAGCCUGGACAUCAACCGCACUCCGGACAGCUUCUACUACUCGGAGGCCAGCUACGCGGAGAAGAUGCGCAAGAGUGCGCUCUACCUGCAGAGCGGAGGAGCGGGCGCAGCGCAGCCACAGCAGGCGGGCAGCUAUCGCACCGCAGCCGGGGACUUUGGGUCGGGCGUGAACACCAUUGGAUACGAGAAUCCCUACGAGCGGGCGUACAAGCGCCAGGAACUGCUGGCCGAGGCCCAGGCCCAGGGUGGCGUCGCCAGCAGCAUGCCACGCAUGAGUCGCUCGGCCAGCCAGGGGGCAGGCUGUGGGUCGGUGGCCCGCUCUGCCUCCGCCCUGCCGCAACAGCAGCAGCACCAGCACCAGCUGCAGCAGCAGCACUCGGAGGAGCUGCCUCCACUCAAUGUGCAUCCGGGCUCCAUUUUCCCGCCCUCGAUGUCCACGCAGGAGAUCAUAUGCAAGAACGAGCAGUUCCUGCGCUCGGCCAGUGCCCGGCUACCGAAGCGCAGCGGCGGCAUGGAUGACGACUACUCGGCGGGCAACUCGACCACAACAUCGCCCACAUCGGGGGCUGUGCCCUCGCCGCAGCACGCUCAGGACGGGGAGCGCAAGCGGGAGGAGUCAAUGAAGCGGCUUCUGGAGUGGAAGCAGCGCAUGCUGCAGUCCCCUCUCACCCGUAAGGGCGUGCAGCAGGGCGGCAGCAACAUGUCCGCCAUGUCGAAGCUGGGCAGCAACCCGAACAUUCUGCUCUCCUCGACGGCGGUGGCCAGUGGCGCCCGCUAUGGCCCCCAGGCCGGCAAGACGGGCCUCUUGGUGAACGGCGGCAGCUCUGCCGCUGGUGGAGGAGCCAAUCCGGCCCCAGUCGGAGGCAUACAACGUUCCAGAUCGGAGACUCAGGCCAAUGUGGGACCCGGCGGAGUGUACAACAGCUACUCCUCGGACGAUGAGGAUGGGACUGUGGAUGAUACAGGGUAUCAUGGUGGCGCGGCAGGAAGGUCUACAACAGAAACAACAACGACUAAUGAAAAUACAAUAACAACAACAACAACGACAGGAAACACAAUAGCAAUAGCAACAACAACAACAACAACAAUAGCAUUAGAAACGAACAAAACAACAUUAGAAAGACUUAGUAGUAGCAACAACUUAAGCAGUUUAACACCAACAACAACUUCAACAGGAAGAGGAGAAGGACCAACACCAACAACGCCAACAACACCAACAACAACACCAACAAUCAAUGCAAAAUUCCAUCUAAAACCCAUUCUGAAAGUGCACGAGGCCAGCAGAACGCCCAUUAUUCAGGUACAGCCCAAACGGCCCGAAGAGAGGCCUAAACUGAAAUUGCAAUUGCCACCGGCGGACAUAGAUGGGGAGGAUGGGGAGCAGCCCGUUCCCAUUUUGCCAAAGAAAACAGCGCCCAAGUCGCCGCAGAAUGCCAAUUAUGUUCCCGUAUACAACAAUAAGCUGGUCAGCAGCGGCAACUACGAAAACAUGGAAUUUGGCAAGCCAAUUCAGAGCCCAGUCCAAGCCCAGGCAGAGGCAGAGGCACAUACACAGGCACAGGCACCGUCCCAGGAUAGUGUGGCGAUUAAUGAUCCCGAGGAGACACCAAUGCUGAUGCAGCUAAAGCUGUUUAAGGAGCAGCAACAAGAGGCCGCACAAAAGCAGGAGCAGCAACAGCAGCAGCAGCAGAGGGAGGAGGAGCCACAGACCGAGGACGAUUUAACGCCAACGGCAGAAAGCAGGCCUCCACUAGGAGAGGCCUCUAUAGAUUAUGAUGAUGAUGAUGCAGCUCGAAUGAGAGACGAUAUACAGGUAGAUGGGGAUGGCGAUGCCGAUUCCGAUGCCUAUGCAGAUGAAUUGGAGGAUGAUGAGGAUGAGAGCACUGCCUGUGAGGAGUACACAGAUGAUGACAUUGACGAGGCCUUGGCGCAAGAUGAUGAUGAUGAUGAUGAUUAUGAGGAGAAGGAGGCGUCGUCGGCUGACAUGACUGACCUCCCAAGUGAUAAGGAGCUGCAGCAGCUUUAUGUCAACGAGCCCAUUACGCCCACGGAUCAGCAGUUCGAUGAGAGCCACUAUCUGCCUAUGACACCCAAGAAGGUGGAACUGGGUCAACCAGGCACCCUCAGCCUGGUGGCCACGCACGACAGCUACCUGGAGGAGGAGAAUCACUAUGUGGAAAUGACCAAGGGCAUACAGGACGAGGAUGGCAGAAACAACUACGAGAUCAUGUGCAUUGCCAGCACUAGCAGCAGCAAAAUAACCAAAGCGGAGCCUGUUUACAUGGAGCUGGCAGGGGUCAAGGCAUCGGCAGCAGCCACAGCAGCCGAAGAGGCACACUGCUCUUCAGGUCGCUCUACGCUGAAAAAGGGUAAGAAAUCCGGCACGGAGACUCUGAAGAAGAAGUCCAAGAAGAGGCAGGGCAAGGACAUGCCGGAUAUACUGAAGCCAGCCAAAAGUGCCCUGGCCCUAGCCAGCGAUAGCUCAGACGCCGACGACGAGAGCAGCAGGCAGCAGCUGGAGGCCAAGAAGCUGCGCUCGCGGUCGCGUUUCAGUCUGUCGGACACUUUUAGGCCGGCGUCCUACUACCUGGGCGCCUCCACGCCGCUGAACAACUAUGCGGAGAGCUCGGAUAGCGAAAUAUUGCCCCCGCCGCCCAUUCCCGACUCCCCGCCGCCCAUGGAGGAGCUGAAGACCGAGGAGAUUUUCUCCUCGGAGCACUACGACACCGUGAAGAGGCGCGACAGCAAGGUGAACCUGUCCUACGAGCAGCUGCCCAAGAUGCAUGCCAGCAAUACGUCCCUCAAUCUGUCGAAGACCGAUCCCAGCACCACGCUGAAGAGCAGUCGCCUCUCCCUGCCCGACCAUUUUGCCAAGGGGCGUGGCGGCACCACAUCGCGGGCUGCUGCCACGGCCACCAAAGGCACUGCCACGCCCACUGUUCUGCUGAAGCAGCAUCACGCCCGCACUCUGUCCGAUUCGAACUACAGCUGCCAGACGGACAACAGCUCUUCGCGUACUUCCUCGGACCUGGAACUCUAUCGGAAGCGAGGACAGCAGCGUCCGUCGCCGGCCCGGUGUCCCAGCAAUAACUCCCUGCCCCUGCGCUAUGUGGGGGACAGCAGCGAGAACGAGUCGUCCGUGGAGUUUAGGCAGCGGUCGGACUCGGAGCUGGAUCGCCAGCGGUCGCGGCGACCGCUCUCCCAGGAGUCGAUCAGUGAGAUCGAGUCGCUGAGCGAACAGUUCGAGGAGACUCUGAGCAGCCACGAGCUGGACACGUACCUGAGCCAUCUCCAGGGCAGGGAUCUGCUGCCCUAUCAGCACACGAGCACUAGUCAUGCCACGCCCACCAGCCACCUGCUGAACGAUGCCAAUGCUGCGGCCGGCGCGGAUAUUCUGACCAAUCUGAUCAAGCCGCCGAAGACGUUCCGCAACGCGGAUGACGGCGACGGGGAACAGCACUUUUACGGCAACAUCCACUUCCUCUCCUCCACGGACUCCAUCCAGCAGCUGGGCGAGGGCGGAGCGGCUGUGGCAGCGGCAGCGGCUGCCUACCUCACGCCCAUGCACAGCCGGAACAACAGCAACAUAUCCACGCAAUCGGCGCCGUACUAUUACUCCGAGCUGCCGGCACCACUGCCGCUGAACAACCAGCGGGACAUCCACGCCCAUGGCCUGAACAUUGCCCACAUUCACAAUCCCAUCGAUCGGCACCAGUUCAAUAUGGAUGCCCUGGUGGACAAGGACCAGGCCAUCGACAGCAAGAAUCUGUACUGCGUGAAGGCCAACAACGAGAAGCUCAGCUACAGCAGCAACAAGAACCUGAACCUGAAGGCGGGCCAGGCGCAGCUCAAGCUGAACAACAUGCAGCUUGUGGGCGGCGAGGCAGUGGAGGGGCCGGCAGGAGAGAGCGGGGUCAGCGGCAGCAGCCCCAGCAGCAGCGGGACCCAGAGCCAUCCACUAAACCCAGCCCAUUCAUUUCUCACAACUACUAAAAACACAAAUCUCGCUCGUAAAUCGAUUGGUGGUAGCCUCUUGGAUGAAGGACCUCAUAGCGAUAGCGGUAACGAUGGUGUUAACGUUCAUGGUGUGGGUGUGGACAAGUGCAGACCCUCUGCAGAGUCGGCUGGCCCAGAAGGAGGCCCACUACUAACAGCAGGACGAGUGACAUGCAAUAAUGGCAAUCAACUCUCAGUUCUAGGUGGCGAGCUGCUCUGGGAGGAGGACACCCUGUGGCGGGAGAGUCUGCGUCGCGUCUCGCAGCGGCAUGCUCGCUCCUUGGACGAUCUCGACAGGAUUACCGCCGGCCCCAUAUGCAGCACGCCCAAGACCAAGCUCAGCCGUGAGGUGACCUAUGUGAAUGACAGCCAGAAGCCUCCCCAGCGGCACCAACAGUCGGCCAGCGACGAGCACGAUGUCUAUGUGCAGCUGAUGGGCAACAGCUCUCAGACCACUCACAGCCAGGAUCAGACCGAUUCGGAUGUGUACGAGGUGCUGCGCGAGGACACUGCCUCGAAUCUGUCACACAAAUCGAACGAACUGGAUCGCGAAACCAUCCGCCAAUGGGAUGCCAUGUCAAGUGGCCUAAUGAAAACCACCAGCCACAAUGUGGAGACCGCAUCGCCAAUGGCAACAUCAGCCAGGACACCCACAUCCACACGCAGUGCUAGUGGCAGUGGGCCCAAGGUCAGCCUGCCGCUGACCAGCAGUGUGCGCUCCAUCAUCCAGCAGCUGAAUGGCAGUGGCCAAAGUAAUACCGACGAUGACAAUGGUAAUCCCAUUGUUGUAGCCUCGAUUUCCGUGCGCAAUGUGAACAAUUUGCCCAUGGGGAAUCUGACAGUGAAGCCGGAUCCAUCCGAUGGCCAGCAGGAGUCGGCCUUUGCCCCCUACUAUGGCAGUGCCGCGGAAACGAAAUACGCCAAGGCCACAGUGCUGACGGAUCGCGGCCUCUACGCCUCUGGAGCUGGUCCAUCCACAUCCACGCCGCAGCAUCAGCAACAGCAGGAGCAGCAGCAGCAGCAGCAGCAGUUCCGGAUGCGACGUGUUGGCAGUCGGGCGGAAAUCGAUAUGCUAGAGCGGGAGACGAGCAGCCAGAUUAGGAACCGCCUGCGCAGUGCCGAGGGUCUGACCCGGGCAGAGAGCAUCCAGCGACUGGACUACUUGAAGCAGCACCUGCUCGACCUGGAGCGGCAGUACGAGAAGAGCAAGCCGUUGGUCAAUCUGGUGGACAACAUGGUAAAGCUGGGCUCUCUGUACCGCAACGAUGCCAACGGGCGGGCCCAGCCGGCCACUCUGGAUCGCCUGGAGUUCAAUCAGCGAAUGCAGGAGCGCCAGAUGCUGCAGGAGGAGCAAAAACAGUGGGAACGCCUCAGCCCCAAUCAGGCAGAGUUGCAGGCCAAAGUACGAGAGCUGUACCAGCUCGAUCAGCUGCUGCAGGAAGAGUCGGGCAUCUUGCAGAGCUUGCAGCGCGACAAGGAGGACCUGGAGAGGGCCCUGGGCGGCCUGCGGGCACGCAUCCACGACAGCAACGCCACUCCCAUGGCACUGGAGGCGGCCAAGAAGCAGCAGCACAUCCUGGAGCGCGAACUGUCGCGUGUCCACCAGCUGCUGGCCGAGAACUCAAAGAAACUGGAGCAAACCGUAGCCGGAAAUGCCCGUCUCGAGCAAGAGCUGCUCCUGCUCCGUCAGAAGGUACAGGCCACGCGGGCCAGCACCAGCAACGGCAUGUUGGCCAACGAUGGGUCCCAUGUGAAUGGCGGCGACCAGACAGCUGUCGUGUUGCAGUCGGAGUUGGAGCGGGUGCAGUCCCUGGUGGGCGACAUGCAGCGACAGCGCCAUGAACUGAGCUCGGCCGUGCGUCAACUCACGGAGAACUCGACGCGUCUGUACCAGGAGAUUGGCAACAAGGAAAUGACAGCCGUCAAUGGGGGUGGCUCCACCAAUGGCAGCCUCAAGAAGCGCAGCAACUCGACCAGCUGGACAGAGACCGAUCUGGAUGCCAAUAUGCAGCAGUGGAACGGCAGUCGUCAGAACCUCAACGACUCGACCCUCAAUCUGUCCACACCGCUCUAUGUGGACACCAACAGCUCGGCCAAGUUGAGCGACUACAAUCGCUACAACGGAGGCGGCAGCAGCGAUGCCCUGGAAAUGAGUGGCGUGGACAGCGAUGGCUUCUUGGACAGCAAUCCGUUCGCCAAUUUGAGCAAUCUCGAGAAGCAGGAGAUCAAAACGGUUCGCAUCGUGAAGCGGGAGUCGGAGCGGCGUCAUCGCGAUCGCAGCGAGCGUGGUCUCAGCAGCUCCAUACAGAACCUGGACCAGGUGCUGGAGGAGGAACAGUACGCCCAGCAGCAGCAACAGCUAGCUCAGCACCAGCAGCAGCAGCAACUGUAUGGCCACAGCCUGGAGGAGCAGAUGACCAACGGACAUCAUAGCCGCUCAAAGUCGUUGCCGCGGAACUACAGCGAGCCCCCGAAGCCCAGGAACAGUCGCCACAUGAACGGCGGUGGAGCCGUGAAGCAGAACGGCCACCACUACAACGGCAGCAGCUACGAUUACGACAGGAACAGCAACUACGAGCAUCAGCCGCCGCCACCACCAGCACCGUCAUCGGCGCCCAUACCACAGAGCAAUGGCCACCACCAUCAGAACCAUCAUCAGAGUCACCACCAGCAGCAGCGGGAGCAUCUGAAUCCUCUGGCCAAUGCCUAUUUCGCCAAGCAACUGCAGCAGCAGGCGAAUCCCUCGCGGGACAGUGCCAGGGUGGCACUACGCACCAAGACAGACUCAUUGCAGAGCCUCAACAAGAGCCUGACGGACAUCAGCCCCGAGCCGGUGUUCCAGAGCGUGGCCGCUCGUCAGAUCAUCAAUGAAAUGUCCGCUGGCUCGGCGUCGGAGGACACCGAGAAGAUUGUCGAGAAGGUGCCGCCGCCGCACAAACAUCGACGGGCAGUGCCCCGCGAGAAGCGACGUCACUAUACUGCACCCAACAAUGUAAACCAGAAGGCCAUGGAGAAGGUGCAGGCGGAGAAUGACAUGAAUCGCAAUAACACAAACUGGCGUGCCCGCGAUGAUCUGGACAUGGAGGUGGCCCUGAGGCCGCGCAUGAAUGCCCCCGAUGUGGUGCGUUCGGCACUGGGACAGGGAGAGAAGAUCUCUGAGAAUACCAUUGAUAACUUGCUCUUGGCCCCCAACAAAAUAGUCAUUCCCGAGCGUUACAUACCAGAAACAACGCCCGAACUAUCGCCAGAGGAGAAGAAGCGGCGCCAGGAGAAGGUCGAGUCCAUUAAGAAGAUGCUGGCCGAGGCGCCUAUUAGCAGCAACGAGAACGAGAGCCUGCCGCCGAGCAAAAUCACAGCAGAAAAGAAGCAGCGCGAGCACUUGCUGCAGCUCAACCAGAUCCUGGCCCAGCAGGUGAUGCAAGUCAGCAAGAUUGUGGCCGGCAAUCCCACUAGUCACAACUAAUUAAUUGUCCCAGUAGACCAGUCGUGUUGUUUCUGUUCACAUUUUGUGUUUAUUAUUUGUACUCGUACCCGUACUCGAAUGCAUUUACAUACAUUGUGAUUGUGAGGAGGGUUUCGUUCUCAUCACGAUACUCGUAUAUUCACCCGGUUCGCGCUAUCAAAACAGCAAAUACCUAUACUAUACUAUGCAUACAUAGAACGGUACACUUAAGUAUACAGUAACUGCCAUAACAACAGCAACAGCAACAA